UCCGUUUGCGUAUCUACUGUUAACGGAACAGUAUUGUUUAAUGUUUACGAUCGUUCAGCUUGACAGCGCGGUCUGAUCUGGACGCUUCAUCAGAACGCCUCACAACAUAUACAGCGAAAGGCGUGGACGCACUGUGAAAUAACCAAAGUAUGUCUCGAGAGCAGAAAGCAGUGGAUCGUGCCAGGAAGGCCUUCCUCACCGGCCGGAGCAAAUCACUGGAGUACCGCAUUACCCAGCUAAAAAACCUGCUGCGUUUUGUCAGAGAACGACAAAAUGAAAUCACAGAGGGUCUCAAAAAGGAUCUCGGAAGGAGUGAGGGUGGAACUCUGUAUGAGACUCUAGGUCUGGAAAGUGAGAUUAACCUGGCUGUGAAAUAUCUGAAAGAAUGGGCAGCUCCUCGACCCGUGAGCAAGAGCAUGAUGACCAUCUCAGACCAGGUCUACAUCCAGCCUGAGCCUCUGGGAGUAGUGCUGGUCAUUGGGGCCUGGAACUACCCCUGGGCAGUCACCAUCGGGCCCCUCAUAGGAGCUAUAGCAGCAGGCAAUGCAGCUGUAAUCAAGCCAUCUGAAGUCAGUUCUCACACUUCCAAAGUAAUGGAGGAUUUCUUACCGCUUUACCUGGACAAAGAGCUGUAUCCAGUUGUCACCGGUGGGCUGACAGAGACCCAAGAGUUGCUCAAGCAGCGGUUUGAUCACAUCUUCUACACUGGAAACGGCACAGUGGCUAAAAUCAUCAUGGAGGCCGCUGCUAAACACUUAACCCCUACCACUCUGGAGCUGGGCGGAAAGAGCCCGUGCUACAUCGACAACAACUGUGACCUCGCCAUUGCCUGCCGGCGUAUUGCGUGGGGGAAGUACUCAAACUGUGGUCAGACCUGCAUUGCUCCGGACUAUAUACUGUGUGACCCCAGUAUGCAAGACAGAGUGAUUGAAGAGAUCAAGAAGAAUAUUAAAGAUUUCUAUACCGAAGACCCCCAAAAAUGUCUGGAUUACGGACACAUCAUAAAUCAUCGCCACUUCAGGAGACUGAUGGCAUUGUUGGAGGGCAGCACCGUCGCUGUGGGCGGUGAAAACGACGAGUCGUUGUGCUACAUUGGUCCAACAGUUUUAAGGGACGUGAAGCCGGAUGCCAAGGUGAUGCAGGAGGAGAUCUUCGGGCCUCUGUUGCCCAUCCUGACAGUUAGCAGUGCAGAUGAAGCCAUCAAAUUCAUCAACCAGAGAGAGAAACCCCUUGCCUUGUACAUCUUCACUUCAGACAACAAGCUGAUCAAGCGUAUGAUUGCGGAGACUUCUAGUGGUGGAGUGGUGGCCAAUGACUGUUUGAUGCACUUCUCAGUAAGCUCGUUGCCUUUUGGUGGAGUUGGUAACAGUGGGAUGGGCCACUAUCACGGCAAGUACGGCUUUGAUAACUUGAGCCACUUGCGUGGCUGUCUAAUCAAACAGUUGAAGAUGGAGGGGGUGAAUAAGAUGCGUUACCCACCACAUACAGCAGAUAAGCUGGGCUGGGCACGCUUUUUCAUCCUCAAACAUGUCGACUUCGGCAGCCUGGGCCGCAUGGUGCUGCUGGCUCUGAUGGCCGUCUUUGUUGCAGUGAUUUUACAGAGAUACUUUACUGACUAAGAAUGUGAAUAAUAUGAAGAAAUCUUACCAAGACCUUGGACAGAAGGUCGGCUAACUCCUACUGAAGUGCUGCUUCCCUCAUUUGCCUUAGUUUUAUUAUCAUGGCCGUGAUUCAUUUCAAUCAUUAUGACAAUGCUGCAUUUUUGUCAUUUAAACCAACAUACAAUU